AUGAAUGUUAAUCUUAAUUGUUGUGUUUUAUUAUCGGUAAUACUGUUGAUACAAAUAGACCUCUUAAGUGGUGAGUGCUGUCACGUGCCUCUCAUAUGUAAAGAGGGCUCAAAGUCUGUCGAGAGAUGCUAUGAUUGUACGGAAGCGACCAUCUAUUGUGGUGUCGGGAAGUGUAACAUUGUUGGCUGCAAUUGUGAUGGCGGGUGCCGUAAGGGUGACUCCAGUCUCUGGUGUUGGAAUAUAGCUUAUGGAUGUACUAAAAAAUAUCUCUACCAAACACUGUUGUCACUAACCGAUGAAUCCGACGUCUCAUUAGAUGUCAUCAAUGUAUUUAAUAAGAUGGACACCAACGCCGACAGCAAAGUUAGCUUUAAUGAGUUGAAGAAAUACAAAGACAUUAUUAGAACCAAAGGUCACAGAAUAGCCAAAGAAUUUAAACAAAUGGACAAAAAUAAUGAUAAAUUUCUUACUAUCGAUGAAAUUGAUAAUUAA